UCCAUUCCAAAAUCGCAUCCUCCUUCUGUGAACUGUUUGAUCGGAGUUGUACGGAUUUGUGUGAAGUGUGUUGGCUUCCUCUGACUUUUAUGAUCUAGCCCGGGUUUCAUUCACGCCGUGUUACCAUGUCGGUGGCGUUUGCACCUCACAGGCAGCGUGGAAAGGGUGACAUAACACCCGCGGGGAUACAAAAGUUGCUUGAUGAAAACAACCAGCUCAUACAGUGUAUAAUGGACUUUCAAAGCAAAGGAAAGACAGCAGAAUGUUCACAGUAUCAGCAGAUGUUGCACAGAAAUCUGGUGUACCUGGCCACGAUAGCAGACUCAAACCAGAACAUGCAGUCUCUGCUUCCAGCCCCACCCACUCAGAAUAUGCCAAUGGGCCCUGGUGGGAUGAACCAGAGCGGCCCCCCUCCUCAGCCUCCUCAUGGUCACAACAUGCCGUCUGAGGGGAUGGUAAGUGGUGGCCCUCCUGCCCCACACAUGCAGAACCAGAUGAAUGGACAGAUGCCUGGCCCGAAUCACAUGCCCAUGCAAGGCCCCGGUCCUGGGCCUAACCAGCCUCCCAACAUGCCGAGCGGCUCCAUGAACAUGCCCCCCAGCAGCCAUAGCUCUAUGGGCGGAUACAACCACACGGUCCCCUCCUCACAGGGCAUGCCCGCACAGAGCCAGAUGAACAUGACCCAGGGACAAACCAUGGGAAACUACGGGCCACGACCCAACAUGAACAUGCAGCCAAACCAAGGUCCUAUGAUGCACCAGCAGCCUCCUUCGCAGCAGUACAACAUGCCCCCUGGUGGCGGAGGGCAACAUUACCAAGGGCAGCAGACCCCCAUGGGCAUGAUGGGGCAGGUCAACCAGGGCAAUCAUGUCAUGGGCCAGAGACCAAUGCCCCCUUACAGACCCCCACAGCAAGGACCCCCUCAGCAGUAUCCGGGGCAGGAAGACUACUAUGGGGACCAGUACAGUCAUGCAGGACAGGGAGCAUCAGAAGGUAACGCACAGUACGGUCAGCAGCAGGAGGCGUACCAGCAAGGCCCCCCGCAGCAGCAGGGAUACCCUCCUCAGCAGCAGUACCCGGGUCAACAGGGCUACCCGUCACAGCAACAAGGCUACGGUCCCUCCCAAAGCGCUCCAGGCCAGUACCCAAACUAUCCUCAAGGGCAGGGGCAGCAGUAUGGUGCGUACCGACCCCCUCAACCCGGCCCCCCGCAGGGACAACAGCAGCGCCCGUACGGCUACGACCAGGGGCACAUGAGGAAAUAAAGACCAGAGAUUUGAACCCCCUGACUAGCUCUGUUAAGAAGCAAAGGGCCAGUACGGAAACUACCAGCAAUGAAAAGAUUGUUACAGCAACCUUUUUAAACCCUGGUUUACUGACAAGACUGAUUUCAACCGUUACACAUUACCCCCCCCUUGUCUCUCUCUCCAUAUGGGACUCAUGCCUAUAAAAAAAAACACACACAAAAAAAUCGCCUGAUCAUGUAUUAAGUCCCAUCUGUCUCAAAGAAGCAGCAACGCCUUACAAAUGGAACUGCCUUAUUCUUGAGCAUUGCGUUGAUUGUCGAAAUGGGCGUAACUAACUAAAAUUUCCGGAUAUCGUGUAAGAUGUUGAGAAAAAAACGACUCGUCAAUCGCGGUGCAUUCGUUGUCGGUCCUCGUCAAUACGAAGCAAUAAUGCCAGCAGUAGGGAGACCUCUCGAAACCAUAUAAGGAACUUCCUGUGUCGCCAUGGUACACACACACGCACACAAACACACACUUCUCGUAUGUGAUUAUGUACAAAUAUAUUUUAUGCUUUUUAGAUCAAGCUAACUUUGUAUAAGACAGAACUAGUCCUAAAGAUGUGUUGUUGAUUUCAUAAAGGUGUAUGUGUCAAUGUUUUUUAUGACUCAUCCAGCACAUUUUGUUUAAUUUUUUUAAUGUUUUGUUGUUUUUUUUUGUUCACUUGUACAACUGUGGACUUGGAUCUAAUCGAUGGUGACAUGGACACUGUAAGAGUUGUUUUGAGUAAAAAUGGAAAAGAUAAAAAAUAACCGCGAUUACACGGAGUGACCCGACAAAAAAAUCAAGUUUGAAUGCUAGCUAUGGGUAAAGCAUGCGACACUGCUAGAACCUGUGUUUCUGUGUUAGUGGGAAUAGUCCAAUUUGAAUCAUGGUAACGUCUUUUGUUUUUUUUACAUGAGCUAAAUUAUGACAUAACACCCUGAAAUAUUGACUUAUGUUUCCACUACAGUAGGCUCUUUCUUUGAACGAGCACCUCACUCUUGUCCAUCGACUGCAAAGUGGUGACGAACACACCUUAGAGAUGUUUUUUUUUUAUUUUUAGUCCUAAUGCUGACAACCUGUUUCAAUUCAGAUCCAUCUUUCUUCACUCAAAUAGCGUUGUAUGUUAAUAUGAAGAUUGUUACUGUCCAAUAUGUAACAUAAAAUGUGAUAAUGUUCUCCAAUGGGUUUGUUAAUUUGACAGUACCAGCGGUUGUGCAGUUUUAUAUCACUGGCUUGAUAUCUGUUUUAUGGUGCAUUCAUUAUUGAUCCCAUAUGCACAACAGCUGAAGGGGAGGAACUCAAACUGUUUAUAUGGCUGUUGUAAUAUUUUGCAUCUGCACCCCAUUGAAGUGGUCACAUUUGGUGUUCUGGCAUUGUAUAACUGUACAUGAUAAUAAAAUGGAAGAAUCUUUAA